GCGAGGUGGCAGGAAGGAGGUGUUAUUUGGGAGGUAGUGAGCAGGCUAGCUCAGUAAGCAGAGGAGAUAUACAAUAGGAAAACAACCGGGUGAUUUUAAUGCUUCAGCAGAUCAAGUCUUUAUGAUUUCUCUUGUCAGGAGAUUUAAUUCUUUACGCACCGGCUGCGGUGGAGUUGAACCCCGGACCACGAUAUUCAUUCAGGAUUGUUUUUUCCAGAGCCGGACUCGGUGCAUUACGGUGACACUGUGGGAUCGCUCCGGUGAUUCGGAGAGACUGACAGAUGUGUGAGAGCACAGAGAUUCGCCGCCGUCCCUCAGUGGAGAACUGAAUUCUGGGAGCGUGAGUGCAGACGUGUGUUCUGGAGAACAUGCUGGACUCAGAGGAAGGAGUGGUGCAGGAAUGGCUCUCAGAAUUCAAGACCCUACCUGAAACGCAGGUGCCCAGCUACGCAGGCAGCCUCCACCUGAAGAAGUCGCUGGUGCCUGCCCUGUACAGAGUCAUCCAGGACCCCAGCAACGAGCUGCUGGAGCCUGUGUGCCACCAGCUGUUUGAGCUGUACCGCAGCUCUGAGGACCAGCUGCGCCGCUUCACCCUGCAGUUCCUGCCAGAGCUGGUGUGGGUGUACCUGCGCAUCACCGCCAGCAGGGACCGCCAGAGCAACGGCUGCAUCGAGGCCCUGCUGCUCGGCAUUUACAACCUGGAGAUUGUGGACAAAGAGGGAAACUGCAAGCAGCUCUCAUUCACAAUCCCCUCACUGUCCAAAUCGUCAAUUUAUCAUGAGCCGUCCAACCUGGGCUGCAUAGCUCUGACAGAGGGGGCACUCAGCCACCACGACCUCAUCAAGGUGGUGUACAGCGGCCUGCACUCCCAGAGAGAGACAUUCACUGCCCAGAACAGGUUCCAGGUGCUGUGUUUCCUCAUGCUGUGCUAUAACUCCGCUGUGGUGUACUUGCCCACGUCCUCCUACCAAUCAGCCUGCAGGAUGAGCUCACGGUUGUGUGUGUGUGGGUUUCCACGGCAGCAGCAGAAGGCGUGGAGAGAGCCGUGUAAUCGUGUGGUGCUGGAUCCCGAGUUCAUGGUACAGAUGCUCACAGCUGUAUACCACGCCAUAUACAAUGGUGAGUGGGAUCUGGGCCGGGAGGCUUUGGAUGACAUCCAGUACAGGGCCCAGCUGGAGCUGUACUCCCAGCCUCUCCUGGUGGCGAAUGCCAUGAAGAGCUCCCUUCCCACCAGCGCCCCAGAGGGGUGUCAGGGUCGCAAGAUCCUGCAGGUCGAGGUGACACCCACUGCCACCCGAAUCUCCCAAUCAGCUGUCACCGCCGCCUCCAUACGCCGCCUCCGCUGGAAAAGAGAGGAUUGUUUUGACUUCUCAACUGAUGCAGAGUUCAGCCUCACCAUCACCCCCUGCGGCCACGCCCCCUGGGACCCAUCAGCCAGUCCGGAGCAAGGAGGGCAGGGUCAGUGCAUCUCUCCUGAGGAUGCAGACGGUAUGAGUGGGGGAGAGGACUCCUUUAACCUUAAUGACCCGGAUGAGGGCUUCUCCUCUGGAGCCUCCAACAGCAGCCAGCCCAGUGGGGGUGUGGCCGGGGGCGUGGCCCAGCGGAGCAGCAGCCUGAAGAAGGUCAUGUCGGGGCGCCAGUCGCGGGACCGGGAGCGUGAGUGGGAGACGGCGGCCGGGAAACGCAGAGACCUGUCGGUGGAUGCGCAGGUGCGGCUGCGCAGACAGCACCUGCAGCAGCAGCUGGCCCCGCCCCCCACUGUGGCGCUGUGCUUCCCCGCGGGGCAGGCGCUCGUCAGGACGGCCAGCACCUCGUCCAGUCCCAGCAGCAGCGGGACACACCACCUCUCCGCUGCCAGCCUGCAGGACGACCACCUGGGCCGGGCCGCCGACGCCCCAGACCUGCUGUCCCCUGGGUCACCCCUCUCCCGAGAGUCCCGCUCCCCCAGCUUCAACAUGCAGAUCAUAUCACAGGUGUAG